AUGGACGACAACAAUCGUCGAAGAAGGCAAAAUGAACCGCCAUAUCAAGGGUCAGAUCCUAGGUUCGGUGCAGAUCAGAGCCAGGGUCGCGGAUUUUCGAGCUCCUCUGCAGAAAGAUAUCGGCCAGCUCCUUUAAACACCUCGCCAUCAACGGGUCGUGGAACAGCGGGUGCUUCCGCGUACUCAGGGUACUAUCCUGAGCCUGCUUCGUCUUUUGCAGGCUCAUUGCCAUCCAACACUUUGCAGUAUCAGCCAGGCUAUGCUCAGGACCAGAGACAGCAGCAGAGUUUCACUGGCUACACUCCGGACAUCAGCAUGUACAAUGUUGGACAGCAGACUGCCCAAAAUACUGUGUACGACUCGACCUCGCAGUUUCAGGCACGGCAACCUGCAGCAAUGCAGAUGCUUUCAGAUGUUGCGGCACCGUACUUUCCCAAUGAACAAAACAAUCCGCCAGGUCCACCUUCACUGCAACAUCAUGCAUCUUCGGGGUCCUCUGCCGUUUAUCAACAACACCAGCAAAGCCCCGCAGAUCGAAGUGCUCCUCUUCUUCAACAAGGUUACCCUACCAGCAUGAGUAUGGGAGCUAUGAAUCAGAAUGCCCCAGAGAUUAUGGAGGAGGAGGACUUCCAAGCACAGGGACCUGGGAUGGAAGCAGCAUAUACGGCCUACCAGACAGCGUUGAAGCAGAUCUUUCAAAACACAAUCAACGGGCGUCUGGGGGAAGCAAGUCUUUCGCUUUUGGAAGUAUCUGAGUGGCUUUUAGGGCAUGUCGGGGAUUUAGACGAAGUUGCGCUUCAUAGCGAUCGAAUCCGUCUCUGGGGUGAAUUCAAUACGGCAUGGCUUAGUAUCUUUCAGAAACAAAAGGAUAUGCUGGAGUCUGGGCAGCAGCUACAACGUGGUCAAAGCUUAAUGACCCAAGAAUUCAUCAACAAGAUGGCUAAAGAUUUAAUCAGGAUGUGUGAUGCCGUCGAGAAGCAUGGUUUGGUUGAUUACCAGUAUGGAGUUGCUGAAGAGCAGAUAAUUAUGAUCCUCACCGAAUGUCUUGAUCUUCAAGAGUCAAUGGAGGGGGCCGGAUCGACUUCGGGCAUUGGUAGAGCACCUCCUUGA